AUGUCGCUGGAGCCGCCCACUUACCUCAGUUCUCUGCAGAACAAUAUUCGGGCUCGGCCAAUUCCCUGGGAGGGUGCCGUCCGGGCGGGCAACAUCACCGAUGAACACCUUAAGAAGAUCAAGGCUGUGGACAAAGUGCGCAAGGAGCAGCGCGUUCAUACAAUCGAAGCGGAUCUAGCUGCCUAUUCUUCCCUUUUGGCUGGAGGCGCGCAGAGCAAGAGCGUCUUGGAGUCUGCCGCCCGGAGGACAGAUAUCGUCCAAUACAUCCUUGUCCUAGCUGCGGACCUGAUCCAGGAUGUCCCAUCACUGGCAGAUGCGCUCGUUUCUCACCCUGAUCCGUACAAGCCAUUCCUCCCGUUCCUGCAACAAUCCAAUAACGCCGAAGACCCCAUCCCUCUUCUCACUUCUACAUUUCUUACGGCUCUCGUAUCACACAGCCUUGUCGCCUCAUCCAAACCUGCACCCCGGGAUGAAGACGCUCUACCUAAGCUCUACCACUAUCUCUCCACCUUGACCAAUAACCAAGACAGCGGUCUACAAGACAUUGGCGUACAAGCAUUCUCAGAGUUACUUCGGAAGAAAGUAUCUCGUGAAAUAUUCUGGAACCAGCGGAAAGAGACCCUGAGCCCUUUGAUCGAGACGCUUCGCGCUGCAGCUGGUGUCAAGGACAAUGCUAGUAUCGCGGCCAGCAGCACCCGCGGCAUUGAACCUGGCCUGGCUGGUGGAGUUGGACUCCAACUGCUUUAUCGGGUGCUUCUUGUGGUGUGGCAACUGACAUUCGAGGGUGAACUUAUAGGGGAUGACCUGCAAGAGGAUUAUGAGAUCAUCCAGCUUUACACUCAACUCCUCCGUCUCUCGCCCAAGGAGAAAACCACUCGCCUGUUAUUAGCUACCCUGUAUAACCUUUUGUCCAGCAACCGAACUACUUUGCUCCCAGUUGCGACAUUUGUCCGCCUGCCUGCUCUCCUCACCAACAUUUCCGGUCGCCAUUUGACCGACCCCGACCUGCUUGAAGACCUGCAAUCUUUGACUUCCAUGCUUGAAGAGUACACCAAGACUCAAACCACUUUCGAUGAAUACGCGGCCGAGCUUCAGUCCGGGCACCUGCGCUGGUCUCCCCCGCACAAGAACCCCACAUUCUGGAAAGACAACGCCCGCCGCAUUCUUGACGAGUCCAAUGGCGCUCUCCCCAAGAAACUCGCCGAAAUUAUUUCUAAGAGCUGGGACAACGAUAAGCAGGUCUUGGCUAUUGCGUGUAACGAUGUUGGUCAGUUGGUCAAGGAGUUGCCAGAGCGUCGCAAUCAACUUGAGCGUCUUGGCCUGAAGGCUCGAGUGAUGGAGUUGAUGGCAGACAAGGAUGAGUCAGUGCGAUGGGAAAGCUUGAAGGCUGUGGGCGAAUGGUUGCGAUACACCUUUGACAGGUGA